AUGGCAAAGGCAGCCGGGCUUGUCUGCGCGUUUCUCCUGCUGGCUUCGUUCUGCUGCCAGAGCCUGGCUCAGAGAGGCUCUGCUGUGCCGGACAAGUGCUGCUUCAAAUUCCAGACAACGAAGCUCAAGAGAGACAACACAGUCGGCUGUUACAACACCAGCCCAGCGUGCCCGCAGCCAGGCGUGAUAUUCAAAAUGAAAGAAGGCCAGGAGAUCUGUGCCAAGCCUGAGAAGCCCUGGGUGAAAGAAUACCAGAAAUCUCUCAGCUCUAAUAAAGCCUAA